GAACUGUGAAGUACGAUGGCAGGUUACCCGGAGGACAUCGGCAGCCCCUUGACAUCAUUCGUAUCUCCAGUGACCGGAGCCGACGGCGGUUAUAUCCCAGAGGCUCCCCAAUCCCGCCAGCGUCGGCAGCGUAGAGAGCGGGAACGAGUUCGGAUGCCUGAUAUAGGUCUUCACCCAGAUCCCAUUUCGACUUACGCGACUCGGGACAUUCAGGAUGAAUCAGUGGCAGGAUAUGUUCCUGAGGAAAACACUGCCUGUAGCGAUGAAACUGAACUCCUCUCACUCCAGGAAGAAAAUAGAUUCAUGGUGAGUGCGAUGAAAGACAAGUCUUCCCACAUCACCAGAUAUUCGAAGAAGAUGACCAAAAAGCAGAUAUGCAUCCAGGACCGCCGGCAAAAGAUGAGCGAGCUUACAGGAGAGUCCAGUCGUAACUGCCGCCUUCUUCAAGAAACCCGUCAACAACUGGGUAGUGUCAUCGCAGAGAUGGAGGGACAUGGAGAGACAUGCCCCUCGCCUUUCAAGACAGUAGGAACAGCUUGUUACUAUAUUGUUGAGGAACCGCAUGGUUGGGACGAAGCCCGGGUCAUAUGUCAAGAGAGUGGACGCAGCUUAGGCCAAGACGCUGACCUGGCUAUUGUUGCCACAUGUGACCAGCAUGGUAAACUCUGGCACCAUAUUUUGAUUAACCACAACGCAUCCUUAGGGUUUCAUCUUGGAGGGACUGACCGCGGAGAGGAGGGCUUCUGGUACUGGCUGGACGCGACCCCGAUCGCCAUGGGCGUGCCCUUCUGGAGGCCCGGCGACCCGGAGGGCAUCGGCGGCCAAGACUGCAUGGGUUUCUACAAGGAUGGGUAUUUCAUCGACCGCCCCUGCCAUGUCGCUGUCAAGUCUGUGUGCCAGCUGGGUGUCACUGGAGCUAUUUAAAACCCCAAGGCGACAUAGUCAUCUCUUUUCUUAAAUGAAUUAUUACUUUGAGGAUUAGACCUAUGUAAAAUUGGAUGUCAACAGUGAGGAUUAGGCCUAUGUGAAAUUGGAUGCCAACAGUGAGGAUAAGGCCUGUGUAAAAUUGGAUGCCUUUAGUGAGGAUUAAGCCUAUGUAAAAUUGGAUGUCAUCAAAGGAUUAGACCUAUGCAAAACUGGAUGCUAUCAGUCAGGAUUAGACCUAUGCAAAAUUGGAUGCCAUCACUGAGGAUUAGACCUAUGUCAAAUUGGAUGCUAUCAGUCAGGAUUAGGCCUAUGUAAAAUUAGGUGGCAUCAGUGAAGACUGUUUUAUGUCAAAAUGGGUUUUUUGGAAGAUUAUGUUAAUAAAAUGGCCCGAUGCAGAUAUA